UACCAGCGCACUUUCUUCUCCGGCUUCACGAGCCGGCUGCCGCCGUUGCUAAUCGCCGAGACUCGAGGAGCAGCGCUAGGCGGAAAGCUCGCCGUCACCCCAAGAGCCGACGUCGGAGAAAGAGGUAUUAAUCUCACCGACGAUAAGCAAUAGCGAUCCUCCAGGAGACAGUCGUCGCGGCUCACCACAGGUGGUCCUCAUCGUCCUAUGCAGCCUCGCGGCGAUCACCGCCUCGGCCCUACUUCUGUUCUACCUCCGCAGGCGGUCUCGACAGUCUUCUCAACAGCAGCAGCCGCUUCUCGAUAGCUUCUUCUGCCCGCCGGAGAACGAAAAGAGCCGGGACAAUCUCGGGGAGAUCGAUCGGUGCACCUGCUGCUCGUCCAGUCGCGGGGAUCAGUCCGCUGCAGCCACUUCCGCGAAGUCCGCAGUAGCGCCGAGGAGGAAGACGAGGAAAAAACGCAAGAGAAACAAGACCGACGUCUCGAGACACUACAUCGAGAACGAAGAGCUGAGGAGCAGGAUAGCUUGUAUUCUGAGAGAUCAGUGCAACUUGAGGUGCGACUGCUGCAAGUGCGAUAAUGUCCAGCAGCUCGAUCGAGGCCAGCCGAAGCGCGGCAGAUUCAAAUUCUUCCGCAAGAGUAAGGAUAAGAAGACUUGCAACGACGCGCGAUGCGACGAAAACAAGAUAAGCUGCCUCGUGGAUCUGUGCGGUAAUCAGCCGCGUGAUAACGACGACGACUCAAAAGCCAUCAGAGGCAAGCCUGGAUUGCGGAUCAAAGAGUGACGAGCAUUGUACGCGUGUAGAUGCCAUCGGCGAGAGACGCUGCGCAUUGGUCGGCCAGAGAUACGGACGCAGAGGACAAUUUAUAACAUGCAUACGUACAGAUCGAGUUGAAUCGCAGUCUUGCUCGAUGAUUUCACGACGAGAAAGAUUUUUGUAUGGUACAGUGCAUCAGAAGCAUCACCGAUUGAGCUCCGACGACGAGUUCUCCUGCUGCUGUAUUAUUAUAUAUUCUACAUACAUUAGAGUGGACUGUGGAGACAGCUGAGGGUCCCUUAUACCUGAGCCCUUUACUUCAACCAAUGGGGAUUUUGGACGCGACUUUAUGCACUCCAUCCUCUCGCAUUAUGCUUUUAUAUUGUAUCAAGCUCAAGUGUCAGCCACGUGACUCGAAUACCUAUAUGCAUAUCUACGUAGCUUUUAUACGCAUGUAUGCAUCAAUAUAUCUAUGUAUGUGCAGAUGAACGUAUGAGGAAUUCCGCAAUUAUUCUUGAAGGAUAAAAAUAUAAAGGAAAAAGAGCUUUAAUUUGAAAAAAAAAAUUGUUGAAAAGAGCUGCUUUUAACUCAUUGAUAUAUUUUUACCUACAAGCAAUUAUUUAUUUAUUUAUUUAUUUAUUUAUUUAUUUAACCAGUACAAUCAUACUACAUGUUUGUCUAUAUAGCUAUAGACAACAGUAGCAUAUCCUAUAGAGGCAAAACAAGUUUACCUGUUAUACAUAGGGCCGGUUCACAAAACUUAAACUUAAAAACUUACAUACUAAUACUAAAACUAAACAAUUCACGAUUUGUUUUUAUAAAACUGGUUAACGGUGUUAUAGCCUUUGUUUGAAACUGCAAUUAUAUUUAAUGAGUUGCUUUAUAACUAUAUUUGAUAUAACCAAAGUUCAUUAGGUAGGUCAUUAAAUAGUUUAAUAGCUAUUACGUAACUAUUCUUGUUACAGAAUGUUCUUAUUUCUAGUAUUGGAUUUACUUGUCUGAUAUAGUGCUUUUAGUUUGGAAUGGUGAUAAUACAACGCCUCUGUAUAUUAUAUACUCAAUGUAUCUGUCUCAUGUUGUAAUAAAAAAUUAGGCCUAGAAAUAAAUAAACGAAGGCUAUAUACUCACUGCUCGCAUAAUUUAAAUGGCCGAGAAAACAGUAUGUACCACAAGGCACUUUUUCCGCGCUGGAAUGUCAUUUCACGUAGAACGGUAAAAAUAAUUGUUCUCCGCGUGCUCCAAAAUUUGAUGUCCCUCAUAUUUUUACCUUCCAGCCAUACAGCAGUUUUUAUUCGUAUGGAAUUCCUCGUAUACAUGCACGCACACAACGUGUCCCGCGCGCACGGCGACGGCGCAUUGGCCCGUAGAAAAUCGCGCGCGCAAAUUUGAACUCGUGCACGUACACUCGAGCCGCGUCUCGCUGGUGUGCGUACUCCCGGUGCGCUGUAUGCGCGAGAGAGAUAUAUAUAUAUGCCAUGCGCGAACGCGAGAGCGAGACUGUACUCGCGACAACAAAACAAACCGUGAACAGCGGCGGAAGAAGGCGGGAGGUGAAGCUGGCACGUCUCCUCGUUCUAAAUAUCAAGAAAUCAUGGUCUGACAAUCCUCGAAAUUCACUAAUUUCAGCGCAGCUCAUCACCUCCCAGGAAACACCAUCAUAAUCACCAGCGUGCCGUGAGCCUCCCGUCUUCUGCCAAACGCCAGUUUCACGGGUUCAUCAGUUCCCCUGCAAAAUCAAAAUCCAAGCGAGAGAGAAGCUCGAAAUCAAUCAAUAAUGGCUAUCCUACCACCAGACCCAGUUUAUUUGAUGAGAGGCGACAUGGGCCCAGUCCAUAGUCUGAUGUUUCGAGUUUCACCUUACAUCGAGCAUCUCUAUGCAGGAACUGAAAGUGGACGGGUACACAUUUGGGACUUAAUGAAAAAUCGUGAAAUUUUUAAACUCAAUACCUCUAAUGAGCCUUGUUUGGCAAUGCACAACAUGGCAGACGAAUGUUUUAUUACUCAGAGAAAGGGGGGUGCGAUUAAUUUCUGGCAGGCUCGCAGCUCCAGUUGGGUCAUAAACAAAACUGUUGACACAGAUUAUUGUGGUUUUUGUCGAUGCCAAGUUUCAACAGAAAGUGAACUGUUAAUACCGCUCAACGACUCACGAAUUGGAUUAUUUUCUUUGAAAACUUUGAGAACGGAAAUAGAGUUGAACCCUGCUCAUUGUCUUCCAGAUAUGAAAUCUCUUGGACAGGUUAUGGCUAUAAAACCAUUUGUGAAUGAAUCUCAAUAUGUGUUGGUUGCUUACGAUGGUGGACAGAUGUCUUUGUGGGACUUGAGGUCAAAGAAGAUUCUAUCCUCGUUAGAAGUUGAACAAUGUCCCAUGAGUGUUGAUUAUAAUUCUACUUUGGUGCAUGGCAUUGUAGGGAGUCCAUGUGAUAAUUUGGAAGUUUUUUCAUUGUCCAGGGAUAAUGAACUUUUUGAGAAAACAAGAUUGCCUUUAAAAAAUCCAGGUACAUCAGCUAUUGCGAUCAGACCUGAUGUUAAAGUAUUUGCUGCAGGAGGUUGGGAUGGUCGAAUAAGGAUUUACUCAUGGAAAACGCUGAGACCGCUCGUCGUUUUAGAUCAGCACAAAGCUACAAUCCAUGACAUAAUCUUUUCGACGUGUAAAGUUGAAGCUUACAACAGCAAAUGUCUAAUGGCUGCUGCUGGCAAAGAUGGAAAUAUUUCUCUUUGGGACCUUUACAAUUAAUUGGAUACCAAUUGAAUAAAAGAUAAUAUUUUCUAUAUAAUUGAAUUUAUAGUACAAAUAUUCAGAAGAAAAGACUAUUAUCAUGAAUGGAGAGUUUAUCUUUGAUCAUGAAAUAAAAUAUGUAUUUUGAAAUAAUUUCAAUAUUUUAAAUUCAAAUACAAAUGCUCCAAUAUUAAUUUUCCAUAAUUUUAAUAAGUACUUUUCUUCUAAAAACUUGUGAUCUGUGAAUAAUAAUUUUUUUUUAGUUAAACUGUUAUCAUUAUUUCUUUAGAAAAAUGAAGUUUAUAAAAUUAAAAUGCA